UGGAAGAAGUGGGCACCAUGGCGGCACUCCACGUACGCAAGCACCAAGGCUGGCUGGGACACCGUGGAGGCGCAGAUGGGCGAUGGCGGACAGUCCGACCCGAUCACCACGGUCUCCCUCAUCACGAGCUUGGCUGCGUACCAGGGCGUCGGCGAGAAGAGCGACCCCACCAUCACGGCCGCCUUGGACACGCUGCGCCGCAAAGCCCAAGAGGAGGAGGCCAACGCCAAGCCUGCACCAGCCCCACCCAAGCAGCGUACGGGCGCCCAGCUGCUGGCCGACGCCAAUCGCGCGCUCAAGGAGCUGGACAAUCGCAUCGAGAAGCAGCGGACGAAGCUCACGGGCGCGCAGCUGUACUUGGACGACCAGCUCGAGAAGAUGGACAAGUUGGCCCAGCAGAGGGUCGAGGUGCAGCAGCGGCAUCUCACGGCGCUCCAGCAGGCCAACCAGGAGUCGGGCAUCAUCGUGGUCAAACCCGAUGAGAAGACCCUCAACGUCAAGUUCGAGUACGACGGCUCGCUCUUCGAGGGCCUCGAGGAGUGCGACAGACCGUCCGAGGAGAUGGACAGCAUCAUGCAGUGGAAGAGCGAGCUGGAGCAGUUCCAGAAGGAGCAGCUGGGCACCCUGCAGGCGAAGUUCAAGUACAUCGAGGAGAUCCACCAGAAGGCAAAGAAGGCCAUGCAGGCACCCACCACAGCAACGCCAGCGAUCGCAAGCAACGGCGCAGGUGCGGCAGCCAUCAACCCCGAGGACGAGAAGAAGAAGAUCAGGGAUGCCAAUCAGCUCAUGAGCAAGCUGACGGUCUGGCUGAUGGUGCUGAGCAGUCUGGGCUUUAGCGAGGCGCAGUCCACCCAGCAGCAGAGCGAGGAGUUCCAGGUCCUGUUCGGCAACGUUGCGGAGUGGGGCCCACAGGUGCAGAACUACGUACAAGGAUGGAAGGCGGCGAUUACCCCCGCGGUCCCCAGUGGCAAGUCGGAGAAAGGAUGGUCCGAGGGUGAACUCGUCGCCACGCGCACACACAUACAGUCCACGUCCUUGGAGCACUGGAAGGGCAAGCACGACAAGCAAGGGCACUCGGCCUUCGUCGGUUUCUCCCCCAUGGUGCUGCACCUCAGCAUCGGCAAUUUCAUCAUCAUCGCGGCGUACCUACUACCGACCCUGCGUUUCACGGGCAGGAACCGAAAGGUCAUGGCAGCCCUCGCGGCCUUCGUGCGCUUGCUGAAGGACCCAUGGCUCGUCGUGGCAAAUUGGAACUGCGUCCCUACUGAGCUGCUCGCAUCUGGUUGGAUAGAACAGAUGCGAGGCGAGAUCGUCACGGGCCCAGAGGAGGUCACAUGCGACAAAG